AUGGCGCUGCGCGCUGCUCCCCGGCGCGCACGGUGGCUGGCGGGCGCGCUCCUGGCGCCAGGGGCGGCCCGCGCAGCCCCACGCGCAGCGCGCGUCCCGGCUCCGUCGCCGCCGUGCCCCCUCCCCGCGCUCCCCGCCGUGCGCUUCGCCAGCAGCGGGACGCAGGGGACCGAGGGAGAGGGGCCGCAGCGGCGGGUGGUGGUGGUGCGCAUCACCAACCCCCUGGCCUGGCUCCGUACCCGCUUCUACUACCUGCUCAUCCGCCUCUACUUCGACUCGGAGUUCAGCAUCGAAGAGUUCACGCGCGGCGCCAAGCAGGCCUUUUCCGUUGUUUCACAGCUGCUGUCUCAGCGAAAACUUGACCUGCUGGAUGGCCUGGUUUCAACAGAGGUACUUCAGAUGUUGAAGGAAAAGAUUUCUUCACUUUCUGAGAACCAUAGGGAUGCUUUAGCAGCUGACAUGGAUGCAAUCAUGUACACAACAGAAGGAGAUGUUCGCAUUUACUAUGAUGAUGAUGGAAGAAAGUUUGUUAGUAUCCUGAUGCGUUUCUGGUAUCUGAAUAGUGCUAACCUACCUGAUGAAGUACCAGGUGAAACCAAAGUCUUCCAGAUUAUGUUUGGAGAUGAAAGCACAAAGGAAAAAAGACAUAUUUUAACAGCAAACUAUGAGUUCCAAAGGGAAUUUACAGAAGGAGCAAAACCGGACUGGACAAUUACACGAAUUGAACAUCCAAAGCUAUUAGAAUAAAUGCCUUCUGCAGAAUCUUUGUUAUAAAUGUUCUGUUGUUACAAAUAUCAGACGUUUUGGUCUAUUUUUUUUCCCUCUUUUCCAAAAGGAGGGAAGAACUUUGUAUGUUUGAUUUACCCAAAAUUGUUUCUGAAGUUUACACUAUGCUGAAACUUUGCAAUAAAGCCUUUUCCACGGAA